GAGAGCAAAGGAGGCGUACCACUUCAAGUUCAACUCAGAUGAACUGAAUGGCAUAUUUAUUUAUUCGUAUACAACAUGCUAUUGUUAAGCCUUAAAUAGUGCAGAAUACAAGUUAUUCGAGGAUAUACGGGGACACAUGGCCCUGUAAACAAUGCUAAACAAUACCGUGUCAUGUCACAUGCUCGGCUACAGUCAUCGAUCGAUAUAAGACCUAUAACGAACAAGCACAGCGAAAGAGGAACAGAGUACCCAGAUGGCCUAUCGAACGGUUUUCAAGGUGAAGGUUACAUGAUUGCAUUAAGAAGACUGUGCUUAAGGAGUAAACCGGUCCUGCUGUAUACCUCUGUCGCCUACAGCUGUUAGAAGCGGAGCUACACAUCUACCCGGCGUAACAGAGAAUCUGCGCCACAUAACAAAAAAGCAGCACUACCAGCAUCGUCGUCGUUUCGAGAAUAAUGUCUGCUUUGUUUGAUUCCGAUUUCAACCUCGGCGGUUUCUUCAGUCUAGGAUCAGCAUACAGUGUGUACAGUAAACCUCGCAGUAACUCUGCCGACAGCUUUGACAGUGAUUGUUCCCCACACAACGCUGUGCGUUAUCUGCAUCCUCCAGUGCAACAAACAAACAAGGAAGGUCAGCAACCUCGACAUAGCAAGGAUACAGAGAAUAUAGAAUGUGAGGCCGGCAACGGGGAAGGGACUGUAUAUCAUACGACAAGUGCAGAUUCCGAGGACAUAGACAGAGGGUGGGCUUGGGCUGUACUGGUAGCGUCUUUCCUCUGCAACUGCAUCAACAUCGGCAUUAAUAAUUCUGUCGGCGUGUACAACGCCGAGUUCUUGAUUCAGUUUCCCGAUGAGACGCGAAGUUACGUUUCUCUGGCCGGCAGCUUGCAGAACUCGGUUUGUGGUCUGACAGGUCUGGUGAGCGGCAUCAUCGCCAAUAAGUACAGUUGUAGGACAAGCAUUUUGUUGGGCGCCAUUAUUUCUUCGCUUGGCUUCAUUGGUACCGCUUUUGCGACAAAUGUGCCGGAGAUCAUAUUAACAUUUGGAUUUGUUGUUGGGUUUGGUACCGGCCUCGUUUACACGGCUACAUCAGUAUGUGUUGGUCAAUAUUUCCACAAGAGAAGACCUAUGGCUCUUGGUAUUGCUACGGCGGGAAUGGCCCUGGGACAGUUCAUGUGUCCACCUCUGUUCCAAUUUCUCAUAGACACAUACUCAUGGCGAGGAUCUGCCUUCAUAAUCGCAGGAUUAUGUCUGAAUAAUUGCGUCUUUGGAACUAUCAUGCGACCUUUAAGAGAAACACACAGAGACACAGACGAAGCGGCGUGCCCGGAAAACGAACGCCGCGCACAAAUAGCCAAAGCCAACGAAGUUUCCUCAAACGACGCCAAAGGCUGCUUGAAUGUACCGGUGCAUAUAGAUAACGAUAUAAGCCUAGAUACGUCAGCAACGCCAAACGGAAUGCACCGUAAUUCAAAUGACUCAGUACCAGGCAGCCACACUAGCAUACAUCGCUUUCGUCAAGAGAACAGUCACAGGAUGGCAGGGCGUGACAAUAUCUUAAAGACGGAGCCAAGACAUAGAAGCCUGGGCGUGUCCUCUUUUCUUAGUGUUUCAAUUGGAGCUUUCGGAAGCAUGACGUCGAACAUUUCUCAACAUUUUGUUUCAGAUAAUCAGCUCAGUGAGGCAGUAGAAAGAAACAAGCCAAGUUGCAUGGAUUACGUUAAGUCUAUUUUGGAUAUUCAUCCUUUAAAAAGCCCGGAGUUUAUUUGUUUUGGUAUUUCGGUUUUGUUUUGGGCCGCUCAGGUGCUGACAUGCGGCCUCCACCUUAUAGCCUACACCCUACAGCACGGAACCACCCCCAUUCAAGGGGCCAUCUUGUUGUCGGUGUUUGGCGCGGGAAACUUUUUCAGUCGUCUGCUCGCCGGGGCCGCCACCAACGACAAAGAGCACGUGGAUCAAGUGACCCUUGGCGCAGGCGUCAUGGGCAUAACAGCCCUGUUGUUGUUCAGUUUUCCAGCACUGGUCCACAGUUAUUGGUCCCAAGUCUUGUUCGCUGCUCUCUACGGUGUCUACUCAACAAUCCUUAUACCUCUAUUGGCACCAAUGACGGUAGAGACUGUUGGACUGUCGUCGCUGGGAGCUGGGUUUGGGUAUCUGAUGGUGAUGAGUGGCACCGGAUGUGCAAUUGGCCCUCCACUGGCAGGUGAUAGACGCAUACACACACACCAUGCUCAUACACAAGCACAAUCAAAAUACAUAUGA